AUGUCGAGGAUAAUCCCCAUUAUUCCUGACUCAUCGUCAAGUCUGACCAUGUCUGAGAGCUCAGUGGCUUAUCGUGAUGGUCCCCAACUCGGUGCCGACGGCAAGCCGUUGCCGCUCGAUUUCACCCAUCAUCUCUCCGAAGUGACAAAGCGUCGCCAGGCGAGCUUGAUAAAAAAAUACUAUCGAUUCUUUCAGAUUCCCGGAAUCAAGAAUCUUGCUGGCGGUCUCCCCAACACCAAAUUCUUCCCCUUCGAGACUCUUGAAGCUCAAAGCGCCAAGCCCGAGAGAUGGCAACCCACGCCGAACCACCCAGGCGACAAGGAUAGCAACAAAAAAGACCCGGCCGCCGCCGAGCCCGCUCACAUCACCGUCCCCACGGUCUCCGGUGAGGCCAACCCGAUGAAGAAGGUCGACGUCGCCACUGCGCUCCAAUACGGCCAGGCAAACGGCUACCCUCCCCUCCUCGACUGGGUCUGCAAGUUCACCCGCGACCACCUCCACCCGGAUGCGCCCUACAGCGGCGGGCCCGACGUGAUCCUCACGUGCGGCUCGACUGACGGCUUCGCCAAGACGCUGGAGAUGUUCGUCAACCCGUGGAUCGACGGUCUGAACGACCCGCGGGAGCGGCCGGGGUUGUUGUGCGAGACGUUUGUCUAUGGCAACAUCCUCAGCCAGGCGGAGCCGAAGGGCGUGCAGAUCGUGCCGGUCAAGGCGGAUGCGAAGGGUAUGUUGGCUACCGGGCCCGGUGGGCUGGAGGAUGUUUUGAAGAAUUGGGAUGUGACCAAGGGGAGGAGGCCGCAUUUGAUGUAUACUGUUACCCUCGGCCACAACCCAACCGGCUUCGUCAUCCCCAUCUCCCGCCGCAAGGAAAUCUACGCCAUCUGCAGCCGCUACGACGUGAUCAUCGUCGAGGACGAGCCCUACUGGUACCUGCAAUUUCCUUCCGCCACGGCCGCUAACCUGGCCAAGACCGGCACUGUCAAACAACAAACCCAAUCCGCUGAACCUGAAGUCACCAAGCGCACCGUGUCAACAGGCUAUUCCUUCCUCGACUCCCUCACGCCCUCGUACAUCUCCAUUGACGUCGACGGCCGCGUCGUCCGCCUCGACACUUUUUCCAAAACCAUCGCCCCCGGCUGCCGUCUCGGUUGGAUCACCGCCCAGCCCGCGCUCAUCGACCGGCUCACCCGCAUCGCCGAGACUUCUACUCAGCAACCUUCGGGCUUCGUGCAAAGUCUGGUGGCGGAGUUGGUGAUGGGUCCGCAACCUGAAGCUUCCCUCUCUUCUUCGUCCUCUCCCUCCUCUUCCACCACCUCCACCCCUUCUUCCACCUCCUCCUGGAGCCUCUUCCGCUCCUCCUCCUCUACCACCCCCGCCGCCCAACCCAAGCCAUCCAAAGAAACCCCCUCCUCACCAGGCGAAGGCUGGCAAAUGACCGGCUGGAUCCGCUGGCUCGAAGGUCUCCGGGGAAUGUACGAGCGGCGCAUGAACAGGAUGUGCACGAUCCUCGACACUGGGUCUUCCUUAAUCUCCUCCAAUACCCGUUUGCGCGCUACCAAUUCUACUUCUGGCACACCAGGCGACUGGGACGUGAUCACCACCACUCCGCUGUACACUUACUCGUGGCCGGAGGGUGGCAUGUUUAUCUGGUUGCGGAUGCACUUUGAUACGCACCCGUUGUGGGAACACCCCCUCUUCUUCGCCAGAAAUGGGGAGAGGGAAAAAACAAAGGUAAUAGACGGCCCGACGCUCUCCCUAGCGCUGAUGCUCUUCCUGACACUCAAGCCGCACCUGGUGCUGGUGAGCGGCGGGAACAUGUUCAGCGCGACGCCGGAGAUCAGCAAGGAGAUCGGGUGGCAGUAUUUCCGGCUGUGUUUUGCGGCGGUGAGCGAGGAGGACGUGGAUGCUGGCGCGCAGAGGUUCGUGGAUGGCGUGCGGGCGUUUUGGAAGAUUACGGAUGCGAGGGUGAUCGAGAAGUUGGUGGAGAAGCUGGGGGACGAUUUGGAUGCGUCUGGGGGUGAGGCGCUGAAUCUGAUGAAGGUGAUGGGACAGGCUGGGGCGGCGGAGGGGAUGAAUAACCUUGGGGGUUGGUUGGGGUGCUAG